GAAUACCAUGCAUUCAAUGUGUGGUCUAAAAAUGGAAUACAUUAUACAUUUCCCCCAUCACUGUUCGUUUUUCAGCAUUAUUCGAAACCGACGCACCAAGUCGCAUCACGCAUGCGUAAUGGAGUAAUGGUGGCGAAACCAAAAUAAAUAGCCACUCAUCGUAGCUUCCCUCUCUUCACUUUCACCAUCUCCUCGAACUCUAAUUUCCAGCUGCGAAAGCAACAUAUCCCUUUCAGCCAUGGCCAAGUUUCUCCAGAUCUCUUCCUCCCUCCUCACUCUACUCGUCCUCCUAACCUCCACCGCCAUCUCUUUCUCUCCCAUCGCCGCCGCAGCGAAACCAAAAUCCCACGACGGCUUCUCCCGGCGACUGUCUCCGGCGACGCUCCGCCUGAAGAAAGAGAAGCUCAGCCACCUCCGCUUCUACUUCCACGACAUCGUCUCCGGGCCCAACCCAACGGCGGUGCAAAUCGUCCGGGCGCCUCCCACCGCCAACCUCUCGUCCACGGGCUUCGGCAUGCUGGCGAUGAUCGACGACCCGCUGACGGCCGGGCCCAAGCCCACUUCCAAGCUGGUGGGCCGGGCCCAGGGGAUUUACGGGUCGGCCUCUCUGAACGACGUCGGGCUGCUGAUGGCCCUCAACUUCGCCUUCGUGGAAGGGAAGUUCAACGGGAGCACGCUGAGUGUUAUGGGGAGGAACGCGGUGAUGUCGCCGGUGAGGGAGAUGCCGGUCAUCGGCGGGAGCGGGGUUUUCAGGUUUGCUAGGGGAUACGCUCAGGCCAGGACCCGGACGUUCAAUCCGAGGACCGGAGAUGCUGUGGUGGAGUAUAAUGUUUAUGUCUUCCAUUACUGAUAGCUAGCUUUUCACCUUCACGUUGACAAACUUGGUUCCUCCGGCCGAUCGUCGGCCGCCAUGAGUUCCCUUUUCCGAUUGUUUACUGCCGCCCUCUUAUAUCCCAAAUUUUGCUAAUAUCUACACUCGUUUUUUUUUUCCUUCCGAAAAAGCAUUUCCCCUUUUGCGGUUCUACAUGAACUGAUGAACAUGACUGUGUUACAUAUACUUUCUUGUAUUAUUCACAUCUAAAAAAGGUUUCACAUAUUCAACCCAACUCAUGUACGUGAUUGAAAAAAUAUAUUGAAAUAUAUACGUAUGCAAUUGAUAAUUUAAUACGUAUGCAAUUAGCAAUUAUUUUAUUAUUAUUAAAGAAUAAAAAGAGUUUACUAUAAAUAAUUUUAUGUAACCAUUGGUUUCGUCACGCAAGGUCAAUCACUAUAUGCGAUGAGGAAUUUUCGUCACAAAAAAAAAAAAGGUGACGCUCAACUUCGUUACAUCAAAGUAUAUUCUCGUCACAUAUUAUGUUUGUUAGAUGCCAAUCAAAUUAGAUAUCUUUGUGAUGGAAUUGACCUCAUCACAGAAAAUACUUGUCACAGAAGAUGCAGAUUGUUGUAGUGAUAACAAAACAAUGUUUGUGAA